AUGACCUUUCUUCAAUACCUCAGCGCGCGGACGGGGCUGAUGCCCAUCCCGCCAGCAGUGCCUGAUGCCCCGCCUGCCUUCUACGAGGAAGAGGAAACCAUCAUCGAAGCCCCGGACCUGCAGUGUCCAGAGCCCGUCUUGAUAGUGGACGCUGACAGGAUUCACGACGACAGAAACGCGAGGAAAGCCCGCCAACGAGCCACCAUUCGAGGUGGCCCGAACAAUGGCCUCGCCCUACGACAGUAUGCCGAGGCGACCCUGGGUGGCGGCAGUCUGCGCAAGGCCGUGAAGCUCCCCGAAGGAGAGGACGAGGAUGAGUGGCUUGCGGUCAACAGCGUCCCUUUCCCCAAGAGCUUCCCGUCGCUGGUGCGUCAGAUUUUCAAGCGCAUGUACCGUGUCUACGCGCACAUUUACUGCCACCACUACGCCGUCAUCCGCGAGCUGGGGCUCGAGCCGCACCUCAAUACGAGCUUCAAGCAGUACGUGCUCUUUGUGGACGAGCACAAGCUGGACUCGGGUAAGGACUUUUAUGGCCCGCUUAGUGACCUCGCCGCGAAGAUGAUUGAGAGCGACUGA